AUGCACGUGUCCCAUCCCAUUGCACCUACUCUGGAUCUUCCCCAACCGCAACAGCUUCCAUCUCCACCUCAGUCGCCUCCUCCUGAUUUCCUGCCACCCCCUCCUGAUUUCUCGCCACCCCCUCCUGAUUUCUCACCACCCCCUCCUGAUUUCUUGCCUCCCCGAUCACCACCUGGUCCAAUGGCUGAUGAUGAGGAUCCAGACUCAGAAUUCACUGAUGCGAGUGAGCGUUACUAUUGUAUGUAUCACUCGCUCCUCAAUGGACGACCAUGCACAGCUGACGGCGCAUUUCUGCCCCCUGGCACACCACCAACUCCUGUCCCACCAAAGUCUCCUCACGACUGGAGCCCGUAUUGUAAUGAUAUCGAAUUUGCAAUGGCAGAGUUUGUUUUCAAACAAAGUCAUAUGUCUAACAAAGCUACAGACUUAUUACUCGACUUAAUGGCUGCGCAGCUGUUAAAACACAACGACCACCCUCCAUUCGCGGAUCACAAGGAUUUGCACAAGGUCAUCGAUGCCACACAACUUGGCAAUGUCACUUGGCAAUGUCUCUCGGUUCAAUACACAGGGGAACACCCUGAACAUGAUGCUCCUCCAUGGAUGGACAGAGAAUAUGAGGUCUGGUACAGAGACCCCCGCAUGAUGGCGCAUAACAUGUUAGUGAACCCUACCUACAAGGGUGAGAUUGACUAUGUGCCAUUUCGGGAGUAUGAUGCAUUGGACGAUACACACCGAUGGAGAGACUUUAUGUCUGCGGACUGGGCAUGGCAACAAGCUGACGAGAUAUCGAAGGAUCCAAACACACAUGGAUCGAUGUUCGUUCCGAUAAUUCUUGGUAGCGACAAGACCACCGUUUCUGUGGGCACAGGUAAUAAUGAAUAUUACCCCCUGUAUGCCUCGAUCGGCAAUGUGCACAACAAUGUGCGAUGCGCUCAUCACGACACUCUUGUCAUCAUUGGUUUCCUGGCUAUACCUAAAACUGAUAGGCAACAUGCUCAUGACGAUUUGUUUCGUGUAUUUCGCCGGCAGCUUUUUCACUGUUCACUAUCCGCAAUUCUAUCUACCCUGAAGCCUGUGAUGACUGAGUAUGAAGUCCUGUGUUGUGCAGACGGUCACUUUCGACGUGUUAUAUUUGGCCUUGGACCCUACAUAGCCGACUACGAGGAGCAACUGGUGCUGUCCUGUACUGUUAAAAAUUGGUGCCCAAAAUGCCUUGCAAGUCGGGGAGAUCUCGAUGGUGGUGGUCUCUCACGCUGUCGAGAGCAUACAGAUGUCCUCAUACAUGAAAAUAUCCACCCAGAUACAUUGUGGCAUGAAUAUGGUAUCAUAAGUGUUCUCAUCCCAUUCACAAAUGACUUCCCCCGAGCCGACAUCCAUCAAUUAAUAUCAUUUGAUCUCCUCCACCAGCUAGUCAAAGGCGCCUUCAAGGAUCAUUUGGUGGAAUGGGUAGUAAAGUACCUUAGACUUGAGCAUGGGACCAAACGAGGAGACGAGAUCAUGAGCGACAUAGAUCGAAGGUAA